CUCAAGUACUGCCACCUUCUGGUGCGGGGCUUCCGGCCACGGCCCAGCACUGAUGCGCAUGCCCUGCAACGCUACAUGUGCUCUCGCUUCUUCAUCGACUUUCCGGACCUAGUGGAGCAGCAGCGCACCCUGGAGCGCUACCUGGAAGCCCAUUUCGGUGGGGCUGACGCAGCUCGCCGUUAUGCCUGCCUGGUGACGCUGCAUCAGGUGGUCAACGAGAGCACCGUGUGCCUCAUGAACCACGAACGCCGCCAGACCUUAGACCUCAUUGCUGCGCUGGCGCUCCAGGCACUGGCUGAGCAGGGCCCUGCUGCCACUGCCGCCCUGGCCUGGUGCCCGCCAGGCCCUGAUGGACUUGUGCCAACCACUGUCAAUUACUAUGUGACCCCCGUGCAACCUCUGCUGGCUCCG